AUGGAGAGGCUGAGCCUGACAGAACCCAACGCUGGGGAAGGAAAAGAUUCUCUCGUCCAGACUGGGGCCAUCAAGGCAUUUCUGCUUGGGACAGCUGCUCCAAAAAUUAAGCAAGAGCUACAUGAGGGGCCAUCCAGGCACUGGGAAACUCAGUGGCCGGAGUUUCUGACCACAGUGAAGUCCCCACAGAGGCAGGCAGAACACUUUAAGCUUCCUCAGGCCCAGUCAGUGGAGGACAUGAAGGUAUUUCCAGCUUCCUUUGAGGGAGUACCUACUGAUGUCAGCCAGGGGCCUGGAAAAGCAUGUAUGACUCUGAACCUGACCAAUUUUAGUGGAGAAACCCCAGAGCCCUACAAAAGGACAGCUCUUUCUGUGAAAGUGAAGGAAGAGAUUGAGGAUGAGGAGGAUUCUGCCUGCCCAGAAAUGUGGCGUCAGCAAUUCAGGCAGUUUAGCUACUGGGAAGCUGAGGGUCCCCAGGAAGUCUUCAGUCAGCUCUGGGAACUUGGCCACCAGUGGCUGAAGCCUGAGAGGCACACCAAAGAGCAGAUUGUGGAGAUGGUGAUCCUGGAGCAGUUUCUGUCCAUCCUGCCUCAGGAAAUACAAAGCUGGGUGAGGGAACGCGGCCCUGAGACUGGUGCCCAGGCGGUGGUUUUGGCAGAGGACAUCUUGAAAAGGCCACAAGAGGCUGAAAGGCUGGAACAAAAGAUUCUGGGGACUUUUAAAGACAUGGCUGCAAACUCCCCCAAAUCUGAACAGGAUGACUCAGACAUUAUGCAGGUGCACAUUUCCAUUGAGGAUCAGCAAGAGGAGGAGGAGGAGGAAACCAGCUUUCUCGGUAAAUAUUUAGAACUGCAUUCUUUAGUAUGA